ACCACGUACAGUCUUUUUUAGAAAAUGAGGACCUAGAGUUAGAUGAGAUGGAGUUAGAUUUCCUUGAAUGCGAAGAUUUUUCCUUUCAAACUGGUGGUGGAUCAAUUAAUAGGCCUUCAACCUCAAAUCAAAACGAUUUGGUGGAGUUUGAUGUAAAAGAAAAUAGAAAGCGGACUAUAAAGAAAUAUAACGGGGAAGAAAUAGAUUAUCAGAUAAUAUUUAAUUUACAAUCAAGAAGUAAUAUUUCGAUAUUAGAAGUAGAGGAAGGAGUCUUACAAUUGUUUAAUAGAAUAAUUCAACGCUCAACACAAUUUCUCAACCCCGGAGAUCUUAUUAGGAUAUGUGUAGAUACUACAAGUUUAGACAGCCCUUUAUCCACUAAACUUAUGCCUGUGUCUGAAAUGACACCUGAAAAAAUUGUUUCUCAGAUUGAGAAAGUCAUUAUUUCAGGGAAAAAAGUUGAUUUAGAUUCCUCACUAAAAAUUAAUAUUUUAACAAUAAAGCGACCUCUUGGUUCAGGUAGAACCAAAAUAUUAAACCUACCCUUGAAUACAAAAUCUAAAAAAUCUAUAAUUGCAAUCAACAACCAAGAUGAGUUAUGUUGCGCAAGAGCUAUAGUGGUUGCUGUUGCGUAUCUUGAAAACGACCCAAGGAAAAAAUAUAUUAGUGCAGGGAAUAAACCUCUUCAAGGUGUUUUAGCAAGAGAAUUGCAUUGCAAAGCAAAUGUUUCUUUAGGACCUUGUGGUCAUUCGGAAAUAGAAAAAUUUGCCCUGCAUUUAGAUGUUCAAAUUAAUGUUGUAGACGCUCAAGCUUUUAAUAAGGUAACCUUCAGCACUCCUGAUAAAUCAAAAAAAAUUUUUUUAUGGUUAAAAAAGAAUCAUUAUGAUGUAAUUACAAAGAUGACUGGUUUUUUAGGAACUUCUUAUUACUGCUCAUACUGUGACAUAGGUUAUAAGACUAAAUCUGCCCACAGAUGUAAAAACAAAUGCCCUACGUGUUUUUCAGACUCUUGUCUUGUAACCCGCCCCGUAAAUUGCCCAGACUGUAACAAGAUGUGCCGUUCCUUAGACUGCUUUGAAAGGCAUAGAAAUGAUAACAAAAAGCAUAUAUCUCUAUGUGCGCAAUUCGGACUUUGCGGAGACUGCUACAAGGUUUAUAAGAAAAAUUUUCCACAUAUUUGUGGGGGAAAUAUUUGCAAAUUUUGCAAACAAUCCUGUAUUACAUCUGAACAUUUAUGUUUUAUGAGGCGGACAGAAAUAUGACCGCCUUCAAAGAAAUACAUUUUCUUUGAUUUUGAGGUAGAUCAGUCGUCAGGUGAGCACGAGGUAAAUUUCAUCAUAAUGCAGUAUAUGGACGGAAGAGAGAAGGAGUUUGAAGGAUAUGAUUCCUUAGAAAAGUUUGGAGCCUUUUUACAUUCCCCGUCCCAUAAAGGCUAUACUGUAAUAGCGCAUAACAUGCAGGGAUACGACGGUAUCAUUUUGAUGUCUUAUUUAAUUAAACAAACAAUAAAGCCAAACGUAAUUAUGAAAGGGUGUAAAGUUCUCAGCCUGACAUUUCCCUCGUUAAAAAUCAGAAUAAUUGAUUCGCUUAGUUUUCUACCUAUGCCACUAUCCAGAUUGCCAGAUGCAUUCGGCUUAAAGGAAAUUAAAAAAGGAUUUUUUCCACAUCUUUUCAAUACAAGGAAAAUAUUAAUUUCCCAUUCAGAUAUUUCUAAAACAAUUUAAAGUAUUCCCUUUACGUGUCCUAUAUUUUAAUUUCAGAAGUAACCAACAAUACGUGGGACCUUUACCUGACCCGGUACAUUUCUGUCCCGAUACUAUGUCAACCAAAGAUAGAAUAAAUUUUUUUGACUGGUAUAGUUAUAGACAAAAGGAAUCUUUUAAUUUCAGAAAAGAAUUAACAGAGUACUGCAGGUAAUAAAUAGGAGUUUUCAAAUACUUGACAGCUUUGUUUUAACAUCCUCUAAUUUAUUUUAUUAUUUCAGAUCAGAUGUUGAUAUAUUAAGGCGUUGCUGCGUUACAUUUCGAGGGGACUUUAUUAAACUGACCGGCAUUGAUCUUUUUCAGCACGCAGCCGCAUGUAUGAGAGUUUAUUCUACCCUCUUCAUAAAGCCCCUCUCUAUAGCCAUAAUUCCUCAAAAUGGAUACGUAAAGAAUAUUAAUACAAGUCAACUUGCCCUAGAAUGGUUAGGUUUCAUGGAAUUUAAAAGUUUAAGAGUUUUUAAUUUUUUAUAGAUAACUUAUUCUGUCAUUCUUAAAAGUAUUUUUUUUUUCAAUUUCAGGUCGCACUAUUCAGCAUUCGAGAAGAGGGACCGGUGAGGUUAAGAUACUGAACCGCUAUGUUGAUGGUUUUCACAAAGAAAGUAACACUGUCUAUGAAUUUUACGGAUGUUAUUAUCAUGGGUGCACCAAAUGCUUUCAACUUUCUACGAUUCAUCCCACCAUAAGCAAGCCGAUGUGGAAAUUGGAAAGCGAAACAAAAGAAAGGAAAGAGGCCCUCAAAAAAACUGGUUAUAUUGUGACCUAUGUGUGGAAACAUGAUUUUAGAGAAAAAAAAAGAAAAAUAACAAAGAACUUAAAGAAUGGCUGUUAGGAUUUAAGGUAUCUAUAUUUCUAUUUUCAAAAUCAAUUCGGUAUUUGCAUGUUACACAAAGGUCGAUUUUUAUAUUUUACAGUGCAUACCUAGAAUGGGAUCUAGUUUCCACACAAGCAACAUCUCUAUUCGGAGCUCCAAAAAAUCGCUAAUAAAAGCGUUAAAUAUCUAUUUGUUCUACCCAAUUCUUAAUAAAAACAGCAUGUAACACCCCAAGG